AUGAAAGGGUCGUAUCAGAAGAGAUUCUUUAAGAUUUUAUCGGAAAAAGUGAGAAUUUAUCGAAAUUUUUUGUUAUACUUGAUGGAAGUUUCUGAUUUUGGUAUUUUCAGUUGGCCGAAAGGGACAUAUACUCGGAUAAUGUUUUCUAUUGCCUAGCUAAUGCCAUGCAACAUACGUCGGAUACGUUUUACAGAUUUUAUAACAGUAAGAAGUUGAGGAAUCCAAUAAUAAUUGAGGAGAGGAAUCAAGCGAUUAGUCAAGGAACUACCGGCCUCAGCACUUGGAGUGUGAGCUUUUUGCUUUUUAUUUGAGUUUUAGGGAAUAUUCAGAACUUUGAGAGAAAUAUCAACGAUAUCGACCCAUUUGAACAGAAAUUUUUACAUUACUUUAGGUAGUGUAAUAUAAUUUGACAUAGAAUUUGAGCCUAAAUUUAUUUUUCAGGCCGCAUAUCUCCUCUCAAAUUACCUGCUACAACUUCAAAACGAUCUUCAAGCCUCUGCGGAUUCGAAUCGCGAAUUUCGAAUCCUCGAGCUGGGCGCAGGCUGCGGAUUGGCCGGAAUUGCCGUAGCCUCUCAUUUCCCAAAUAUUCGGCUCACAACGACAGAUUGUGAUGAAAACGUUCUCCAGCAGCUGAAAGCGAACGUCAAAAAUAAUUUUGGCGAAGAAAAUUUUAUCCACGAGGUCAGAGAAUUGGAUUGGCUAAAAACUAGCGAAAAUGAUGUAAUAAAUGAAAAAUUCGGUAUGAUCAUAGCUGCUGGUGAGUUUUAGAACUUCUUGAAUCUAAUUUUACCUAUGGUUCUGUAUAUUUUGCUUUAUUUUAGAUGUUAUUUACGACCCGGAGCUCCUCGAAGCCUUUUUGAAUACCGUAACCUUGGUCCUGCGACGAAAUAGUGAAGCAAAAGCCAUAUUAGCCUUCAAGGAACGAAAUCCAGACACUUUUAAAUUAUUCAUGGACACUUUAGGUACGUUUCUAAUUUUAUGUAAAUUUUUUGGACAUCCCAAAAAAAUUUGAAUAAUUAAUUUUGUUUCAGCAAGAUCGAAGCUGGAGGUGACUAUGAAAGCCAGAACAAGUUCGACAGAUCCAUUCGAGACCAAGAUCUUAACAGGAAAUGGGGAAAGGGUCAUGGAUAAUAUACUGCCUCCGGACGAAUUGCUCAAUAAUUUCUGGAUCUUCGAAAUGAGGCUAAAGGAAGAAAAUAGAAGCUGA